AUGCUCCAAGCUCUCGACAACGCAACCGCAACAGCUUCCACCAUUCAAGUCCUAAUGAGCGAUGGAGGAGGAUUCGAGGACGACGGUUUCGGCCGUUCUUGCCUGUGUGACUGCCUCGAGCUUUACGAGGACGCGGCGGAUAGAUUGGAGGAAGCAGUUAGGGUUUUUGUUACGAAGGAACAGAGAGAGACUGUGAAAGUGAUGGUGAGCGCCGCCAUGGAAGCCGCCGCAACGUGUGAGGAUGGGUUUAAGGAGAGAGACGGCGGUGACGGUGGUGGUGGUCACAUGACGUGGACGUCUCCGAUUGGUGGUGAAAAUUACAAGUUGUUUGAGUUGGGUGAGAUUGCUCUUUGUGUGAGCAAUAUGCUUUCUUCUGUUACAUCUAUGUCUUUCUGA